AUGGCUUUGAGUAGAGGUGGUAAUAAUAAUAAUUACAAGCUGGAGAAUGUGGAGGCUGAGGUAGAGAUCAAAUCCAACGCUGACAAAUUGUACAAGGUCUUCAGCAACCAGCACCACGCCUUUCCCAAGGCCUCCUCUGAUCAUGUACACGAUGUUGUAGUUCAUGAAGGUGACUGGGAAACUUCUGGUUCCAUCAAGCUUUGGACAUACACCGCAGAUGGAAAUGUUGAGAUCUUCAAGGAAAAGGUGGAAAUAGAUGAAGCAAACAAGUGGGUAAGUUUUACCGCUUUGGAGGGACAUGUGCUGGAGCAAUACAGAAGCUAUAAGAUCAUUUUUCAGGUCACUCCAAAAAGUGGAGGAGGUCUGGUGAAAAUUACUAUACAUUAUGGAAAACUUAAUGACAACGAUCCACCUCCACAUAAGUAUCUUUGCUUUGCGAUCAAUGUUGUUCAUGAUAUGGAUGCCCAUCUUCUUAAAGAAUAAACUUACCAACCAAGAUUAAUAUAUAUUUUAUAUAUAAAGAAGAAUAAAAAAGUCUAUUAAUUAGAAACUAUGAAUGAUAUUAUUAUAUUGAGAGCUAGCUAGCUAGGCUUGUUCUUCAUCGUUUCCGUGUGUAUCUUGAAUUUUAUGGGCAAGCAUUAAUUGGAUUAUUGGAUGUAUUCGUGUUAUCUUGCU